AUGUUUUUUCAGGAUUUUGUGCAAAACUUGUCUAUUCUCUCCAGAGGUUCUUUGGAAGAGAAGCUCCGAUGGGCUUUCACAUUGUACGACAUCAAUGGAGAUGGAUGCAUAACAAGAGAAGAAAUGACAGAUAUCGUUACGGCGAUUUACGAACUCAUGGGCAAGCUAGCAGAUCCUAGUAUCGAAGAAGAUACAAUAAAAGAAAAAGUAGACAGGAUAUUCCAGAAAAUGGACAAAAACAGAGACGGUGUCGUGACACUCGACGAAUUCCUGGAAUGCUGUCAGAAGGACGAAUCCAUAUCCUCUUCCAUGAACGUAUUCGACACAUCGAUAUGACACGCACCCCUUGGCUUCCGGGAUCCGCCGUCGUCUUGGGCAUGAACGGGCAAGCUUCGGUUAGGAACUUUUUCGACCAACUAGACUUUUUUAUACAGUGAUGAAUUCAAGCAUGUAGGGCGGAUAGAAAAAGUCUCCCGUCUACUUCGCCUGCAAAGUUCAAUUGAUCUGUUGACAAAUUAUUGUUUCAGUCGAGUUAUUUUAGUUUGUACAAAAAUAUAAGUUGGCAUGUUCCCUGCUGAGAUAAUUCUAUUUCACCAGCUACUAUUUUUGAAAUAGUAUACUAUAUGGUAUAGUAUAGUAUAAAAAUUAUAAAAGGUGAUCCCAAAA